GUAUGCAUGCUGGAAUGCCCCGCGCUAGCGAAUCUCCGGAAACGUUUGUCCUACAAACAAACCUACAAACCAACUUAUUCUCAACCUGCGCUGCGGAGGCGAACUCUGUGCCAGGAAGCCUUUACUCCAUCGAGCUGGGCACCUCAGAGUUCGUACAGCUGACAAGCUCGAGCACUCAAAACAUCACGUGGGUUGUCAAGAGCGGCGUCAAGUCUACCAUUGAUUGCGCCCAGGCUACUUUGGACGCAGGCAAACUCAUGUUCAAGUACAGCGGCAGCACCUGCAAGGUGGCCACGAAGGGGGUCUACGACCCAAGCAAGCCCUCGUGUGCAGGAGAGACGGUCUACGUUCUAAGCAAUACUACGACAGCGUGCUUCACCUCCCUGGGCGCGUUCUUGAACGGUGAAACGAUAACAACCGACGGCAAUUGCACCUCAAGCUGUGCUGCAGGCAGUGUAGUGGGCGGAGGUGGGACUGUGCUAACAAAUCUUCAGGAGGAAACGCUACAGUGCUGCACAAACACCAAGAACCCCUGCGUUCACUUUUGCGUCAGGCCAAUCUGCACCGGCGCUGCGUGCGGCACCCACUUCAGAAAAGAGUACUUCUGUGAUGCGGUGACCGUUUGCGCUUACCAUGGACUGCUCCUGGCCGAGGUUGACACACCCGCGAAGCUCAGCGACAUACUGGAUAUCAUCAGUCAAGGGGAUUCAGCUGUGUUGCAAUUUUGGGUGAACGUACGAAAAAGCAACGGAGCUUGGGUCCACGUUCCUAGCAACACGCCUGUUACCGCGGGUGAAUGGGCAACCCCUCCUGUAGACGGCGAAUGCGCGUACGUGGAUCGAAAUGCAAACAAUCAGCUCAAAACCGCGCCAUGCAACGGAGAAAAACGUGUCUUUCCUUGCGUUCCCACUAAUUCUCUGCCAGUUUGUUAGUCAACUUCUGACUAUAGAUUUGUGUCACGGAAGUAUUAUGGAAUUUCCGCAGACGGAGCAAUAAAAAGCAUUAAUGAGAACGUUUAAUCUUUGAAUAUUUACAUGUAUUUGUUGUCAAUCUACUCAUUAGAUCUUAGGAUUCGAUAAGACAUCCUUCGUCCUCUUAAAAAUUCGUCUUUUCGUCAUUCGACAGAAUGGCGAAUCAAGCAAAGUGAAAUAGUAGAUUAAUAGCGAUGAACAGGGACAAAAUUAUUUUAAUUAUCAGUGAAUGUAGGUAAACAAGGACACAGA